AUGGCAGUGCAAACAGUUGGGCCUCUAAUAAAUUCUAUAAAAGAAGUUUAUUCUGUUGCUAAAAGAAGUAUGAAUAAUGAAAUUUAUCCAGAAGAAAAGAUAAAUAAAAAUGAAAAAAGAAUUUAUAUAAAUACCUGAACAAUGGCUUCGGAAGCACCUUGCCAACCAAAAUUCAGAAGCAAAAGUAUAAAUUAUAAUAAUAUAGGAUAA